AUGGGCGUUCCUCAACUGGAAACAGUCCAUGCAUUGCUGUCCAUUCCCUUUGGCUCCAUGUACAUCAUGGCAGUGUUGGGGAACUGCACCAUCCUCUUCAUCCUCAAGGCAGAGCCCAGCCUCCACCAGCCUAUGUACCUGUUCCUUUCCAUGCUGGCUGUAACUGUCUCCGCCUCUGCUCUGCCCAAGCUGCUCGUCAUCUUCUGGUCAACAGCCAAGGAGAUUGGCUUCGACUCAUGCCUGCUCCAGAUGUUCACCAUUCAUUCUUUUGCCACUGUUGAAUCAGGGAUUUUCCUGGCUAUGGCUUAUGACCGUUAUAUGGCAAUAUGUACCCCAUUAAGACACAAGACCAUCUUAACCAAUUCAACUGUUGUUAAGAUCGGGGUGGCAGCUUUCAUGAGAGGCGUCCUCUAUAUCUCGCCCCUUCCUUUGCUUGUGAGGAGACUGACUCACUAUCACACCAACAUCAUCACACAUUCUUAUUGUAAGCACAUGACUGUGGUGAUGCUUUCCUGUGACAACACCUCCAUCAGAAACAUCUAUGGCAUGGCAAUUGGCUUUCUGGUGCUCAUCAUUGAUUUACUGGGUAUUGGUCUGUCUUAUGCAUUGAUUCUCCUGGCAGUGAUGAAUUUAGACACAGCAGAGGCCCGGCUCAAAUCUUUUAGCACUUGUAGUUCCCACAUUUGUGCCAUCUUAGCUUUCUACAUCCCCGCAGCAAUCUCCUCCCUGACCCAUAGGUUUGGCCACCAGGUGUCUCCUCCAAUUCACAUUCUUCUGGCCAACUUCUAUCUCAUCUUUCCCCCUGCCUUAAAUCCUAUUGUUUAUACUGUUCAGACUCAAAUAAUGCAGAAGAAGUUAGUCAAGAUGUUAUCCUGGCCCAAAGGCCUUUUGUAA